GGAUCCAAAGUAUUCUAAAAUUCGAGUGAGUGAGUGAGACUAGUGAGAGUUCCGUUUCAAGAUUCCAGUAUAGUUAUCGGUUCAUUACUGAUAAUCAUAUGCGGUUACAUCGAGUUUAACCUCAAAUUGAAGAGCGAUUCUGUGUCUGCUAAAAUUCGUAAAGAAACGAAUUCACAAAUCUCAGUCGGGAAGAAAUGAAGAGUGCGAUGACAGUAUUCAGAAGCGUGCGGACCAGCGAGUUCGCAGUGGCGUUUCGCACGUGCUAUAGGAAAUACUGCACCACAGAGAAUGAUACGACGACAAUGACGACACAGAAGGUGAUCCAUCCGUAUAACCAAAUUCAUCCGUGGAAAUCGGAGAAUGAAUUUGUGAAGGAUUUGCUGAAGAACAUUAUUUACAAUUCAGAUGGAAUAAUUGCAAUAAACAAACCAUAUGGCAUACCCUUAUAUUCAAAGUCAGAUGUAAACUCACGUCUGCAUUUAUAUCAUAAAAUUGCAGGAGCAGCAAAUUAUUCUAUAAACGAUGUUUUGCCAUAUCUUGCAAAGGAGUUAGAUGUACCGAUGUUGAUACCAUCUUUUGGAGCAGAGAAAUAUACGAGCGGCGUAUAUAUUUUCGGAAUUAACGAAAAAGUGUGCUACCAAUUAGAUCUGUCAAGAAGACGGAAUCAAGGUAGAUACAAGAAAUAUUGGGUAGUCACAACUAGAGUUCCAAACGAGAUCAAAGGAAAACAUCAUUUAGCAAUGAUUUUAAAAAAGUCUGCAUUAGGAGAUAAAAAGCCUAUUAUCUUGACUCAAUGGAAUAAAAAUGCGGUAAAGAGGAAUGAAGUCAAGAUCAUGAAUAUAGAAUAUAAAAUCAUAAGCAAUUCGACGAAUAAUUUAAGUUCACUAAUAGAAAUUGUGUCGUCCUCAAGAAAAUGGCAUGGUAUCAGGUUAUUUGCUUCCACUAUGCUGUACAGUCCGAUUCUUGGAGAUAAUAUUCAUGGAUCACGAAUCCAAGAAAUCAUGGGUACAUGGUUAAAAAUCGAUCCAUUUGCUGAUUCCAGUUGGGAUUUACCAAAACUAAAUCGACAACUACUAGAGCUACUAAAUAUAAAACCAAGUCAACAAGAAAUUAUUCCAGUACACUUACAUUUGAAAAGUAUACACUUAAUUAUGGGCAAUGAAAAAAAAGAUCUAGUAAUAGAAGCCCCUUUGAUGGAUCCAUUCGAUUGGACUUGCAAGCAGCUUAAAUUUAAAAUGCCUGAUGAAAUCAGAAAUUCCAGUAAUGAAGAUAAUGAAGAAGAGUUAGUUUACUUGAAUGCACAUGAUGGCAAUUAACUCACAUAUUAUCUUUCGCUAAGUAUUUUGAUUGUAAUAAAAAGGAUUUUAAUUAAAUUGAAAACAUUUAUUUCUUUGCGUACAUUCUCGUACA